UUUAAAAAUAAAAAAAAAUGAAAAAGUUGUGAGUGAUGUCAUAUAAUAUAAUUUCCACCAUUACAUUGAUUUCAGACCCCAUUUACCUCCACUAUUCUCAUUUCUCCUUGACCAAUUUCUUAACAGUCUCUCUGCCUUCCCCUCUCUUUCUGAGAUUGAUAAUGGCUUAUUGGAGCUCCAUUCUCUAUCAUCUUUUCCUACUCUCUUUGGUACUGGAUGGAGCAAGACUCUGCUUCUCUUCAGAGGUUUAUGUGGUUUACAUGGGGAGCAAAAAUGCAGAGAACCCAGACGAGAUUUUGAAGCAAAAUCAUCAAAUGCUCACUUCUCUUCAUGGAGGAAGCAUAGAGAAAGCAAAAGCAUCCCAUGUUUAUAGCUAUAGCAAUGGUUUCAAAGGAUUUGCGGCGAAGUUAACGAGAGAGCAAGCUUCAAUUUUGGCUGAGAUGCCCAAUGUGGUUUCGGUGUUUCCUAAUGAGAAGAGAAGCUUGCAUACUACCCGUUCUUGGGAUUUCAUGGGUCUUCAAAUGGAUGAAGCGAUGGAGAUACCGGGCUUUUCUACUAAGAAUCAGGAGAAUGUCAUCAUUGGAUUCGUUGACACUGGAAUAUGGCCAGAAUCGCUGAGUUUUAGUGACAAAUGGAUGCCUUCAGUACCUCCAAGAUGGAAAGGUCUAUGCCAAAUUGGAGAAAAUUUCACAAAAUCAUCCUGUAACAAAAAAGUUAUUGGAGCAAGGUACUACCUAAAUGGCUACCAAGCAGAAGAGUCUAAGAAUCCAGAUAAAACCGUAAAGUUCAGAUCCCCCAGAGAUAGCUCUGGCCACGGGACCCACACAGCGUCAACUGCUUCAGGUCGGGUCGUAACCAAAAUCAACUACAACCAUUUGGGUCUCGGUGCAGCUAGAGGAGGAGCUCCAAUGGCAAGGAUUGCAAUCUACAAAGCAUGCUGGGACUCUGGUUGUUAUGAUGCAGAUAUGCUUGCUGCUUUUGAUGAUGCUAUAGGAGAUGGAGUUGAUAUAAUAUCGGUUUCUUUAGGCUCAAAUUCUCCUCAAAGGGACUAUUUCAGUGAUUCAAUCUCGGUAGGCUCGUUUCAUGCUGCAAGUCAUGGGAUUCUUGUUGUCGCUUCUGCUGGAAAUGUGGGAACACGAGGCUCUGUAGCUAAUCUCGCUCCUUGGAUUCUCACGGUUGGUGCUAGUUCGACAGAUAGGGAGUUUGUAUCGAGUUUUGUUCUUGGGAACCGAAAGAAAUUCAUGGGUGAGAGCUUGAGUACCUUCAGAAUGAAAUCACCAGCAAGGAUUAUCUCAGCUUCUGAAGCCAAUAAUGGUUUAUUUACUGCUUAUCAAUCCAGUUUCUGUCUGGAUGGCUCUUUAGAUAGAAAGAAAACUCGAGGAAAGGUUGUUGUUUGCCGCCAUUCUGGGAAUCCUUCAGAAUCAAGGGUGUCUAAGAGUUUAGUUGUCAAGAGAGCUGGAGGAGUCGGAAUGGUUCUAGUAGAUGAAGCAGAGAGUGAUCUUGCCGCUCCGUUUGCAGUACCUGCUGCUAUCGUUGGAAGAACAAUUGGUGAAAGAAUCCUGUCUUAUGUUAACUCCACAAGGAAGCCAACAUCAUUUAUUUCACCAGCAAGGACCGUAAUAGGAUCUCGACAAGCCCCUAGAGUAGCGGCAUUCUCUUCCAAAGGACCCAAUUUACUGACAGCAGAAAUUCUCAAGCCUGACAUUGUAGCUCCCGGGUUGAAUAUUUUGGCUGCUUGGUCUCCCGCAGUUAAUAAGAGACUGAGAUUCAAUAUACUUUCUGGAACUUCCAUGUCUUGUCCUCAUGUAACUGGCCUUUUGGCCUUGAUAAAGGCAGUAUAUCCAUCAUGGUCUCCUGCUGCAAUCAAGUCUGCGCUCAUGACAACAGCAACUGUAUUGGACAAGGAAAAAAAUCCAAUCACUGCCGACCCCUCAGGAAGAAUCGCCACCCCAUUUGACUUUGGCUCAGGCUUCCCAUCGCCCUCAAAGUUCUUAGAGCCAGGUCUUGUUUAUGACAUUCAACCUUCAGACUACAGGAACUUUCUAUGUUCAAUUGGUUACAACGACAAAACUUUACAGUUAGUAACAGGAGACAGGAGCAAAUGCACUGGCUUAGCUCCAACAGCUUCAAACCUGAACUAUCCAUCCAUCACUGUACCAAAUCUUAAGGGAAGGAUUUCAGUAACGAGAACUCUAAUGAACGUGGGAAAACCUCAAUGCAGUUACAAAGCUCUAGUAGUUUCGCCGAGUGGAGUUAAUGUAACUGUGGCUCCAAAGGUUCUUGAUUUUGUGAGGUAUGGUCAGAAGAUACGCUUUACCGUGAGUUUCAAUGCAGCUGAUUCUUUGGCGGAUUAUGUGUUUGGAUCAUUGACAUGGAAGUCUGGGAGAUUUCAAGUGAGCAGCCCUUUGGUGGUUAGGUUUGCAACUGAUACUGGCUUAUGAUGAUGAAUCGGAGCUUCUUCGUGUAAGAAAACAGAUAGAAACUACAGUGCGGGUUCAUUGUAAAAACUCUUGGUUCCGUUAUCAGCUGAAAUUUUUAGAGAAGCUGGUUCAAAUUGAUCUGGUCCUCAGUUUUGAAAUUUUGGAAUUACCAUAGCUAUAAGAACAGGAAGAGUUGUCCUUUUUUUUAUUAAUUGGUAGAAUUUUAGAGAACAAUUCAGUGUAGUGCCUAUCCUUUUUGAUGCUAUGAAGUUUGCCUCUUACUGGCUCUUUGUUCUA